AAUGGCGACUACGUUGAAAUUCAAACCUCUUUCGGGCUGACCGUGUCAUACAACCCCCUGUGGAGGUUAAAGGUCACAGUGACCUCCGCCUUCAGUAAUCAAGUGACCGGAAGUUGCGGAAAUUUUGACGGAAAUCCAAGUAAUGAUGUCAAAAUGGUGAACGGCGCU